AUGGAGAGUCUGGAUGAUCGGUUUGGCGGAACCAAGGGCUGGUCCCCCGGGCAACAUGAGGCCAACCACGGAUCCAUGGGAGGACUUUCCUCCUCACACUCCCGUGUGUCAUUGUUUCCAUCUCUUGUCUGCAGGCUUGAGGGUUUCCGUGGCCACGGGUCCGCAGUACAAGCUCUGCGUCACCAAACAUGCUUCGCAGGACGGGCUCUGCGAUACCAACUGUUCCCCGCAGGACGGGCUCUGCGACAUCAACUGUUCCCCGCAGGACGGGCUCUGCGAUACCAACUGUUCCCCGCAGGACGGGCUCUGCGAUACCAACUGUUCCCCGCAGGAGACCGCUGCAUCACCAAGUUCUCCGCAGGGGGAAGCUGCGACACCAAGGAACUCUAG